AUGAGAAAGAGCGAUGCAUCAUUAGCGAAACCAGGCGCAGAGCAUAGGAGGAUUCGGAGUCGACAAGGAAUUUGUUGUAAGAGAUACCAGUCUGGGAAAUGGAAGGGUGUGCUGGUGAGCUUUUUCGAGGACACUCUUAUUAUCAAAGUGAAUCAGCGAUGGGACAGGCAAUUUCUGAGCUCAUGUAGGCUGAAAGUGACACUUGACGCCACCCAUCAGACACGAACAAGGAUCUCGGCGGUUGCCGAAGGAAAUCCACCAACAACAAAGUUCACGUCAAGCCAAACAUACCUUCUCCGGCUGCAUCAUCACCAAACAAUGGACGUUGCACAGGACGCCUUUGGCACCUUCCGUCAGCAAUUCAUCGCGGCCACAACGCAGAAGCACAUUGCCGCGAGGGAGGCGCUGAAGAGAGGAUGUGCAGAGCAAAUGGCACAAUUGAUCAGGGAGCAGAAAGACGAAAUCGAAGAGCUUCAUGACGAUGAUCCGCUGACCUUGACUGCGAAGUACGUGAAGUUGUCCAAGCCCGCUGCUGCACCCAUUCCAGAGGGACAGGAACGCACUACGGACGAGGUCUUCGACCCCGAUGAAGACGAAGUCGAAAUCGAGGAGACAGAGACGCGAAGUGCAGACCAGGAGCCACGCGCCACCGCAACAGCAUCCUCGAAGAAGCGCACUCGCGCCUUCGACGCAUCCUCUGGACCAGCUUUCAAGCGCCGCUCACAGAGUGUCAUCAGCAUCGCUAGCGACGAUACUGCCAGCACUUCCCACCACCCACUCGCCUCCCCACCAGCCUCCAUCGCUUCUGUAGCCAGCACCCGCCCUCAACGCGCCCGCAAGCCACCUCCACCUCGCGAGAUCAACUACAGCAAGCCCGAGAAAGUGGCCCCAGCCCCCAAAGCCCAAUCACCCGCCAAACAAGCAGAGCCCGAAGAGCCCACCUCCCUCGACAUGCCCUUCUGCCAGCACAUCCUGCAGCUAAUCAGCCAAGCCCGCGCCGCCAAACUCUUCCUCCACCCCGUCGACACAGCAAAAUACCCAACCUACUACAACACCAUCUCCCAACCCAUGGACCUCUCAACCAUGGCCCACAAGCUCGAGAAUGGACAGUACAAGACUGCGGAGGAGUUCAAAGCGGAUUUCGACUUGAUGAUUAGAAAUUGUCUAAAGUUCAAUCCGAGUGGGGAGGUGGCGAGAGAUUUUGGAAUUGUGAGUACAUUCUCCUUGGACGCGAGGAUGCUGGAUCGACAUUUUGCUGCUGAGUGGAAUUGGAGGCCGGAGUGGGAGAGGGAGGUUAGGAGGAGUGGUGGGGCGAAGAAGUGA